AUGGAUGUCUCGUUUUGUCCGACCAAAUGUAGUUUUUGGAAGGUUUUCUGGCUCUGGAGCAUUUGGGGGGACUACUUGGUUUCCGUCUUGGGUUGCCCUGCCAACUGCCUUUGCAACAAAACCGAGAUCAAUUGCAAAAAACCGGAUGAUGGCAACCUUUUCCCUCUGCUAGAGGGGCAAGAUUCGGGCACCACCAAUGGAAAUGCCAGUAUCAACAUUACGGAUAUCUCUAGGAAUAUCACUUCGAUAUACAUAGAGCACUGGAGGAAUUUGCAGACUUUGCAUGCUGUAGACAUGGAACUGUAUACAGGACUCCAGAGAUUGACAAUCACGAACUCAGGGCUCCGGAGCAUCCAGCCGCGAGCAUUUGAUAAGAAUCCUCACUUACAUUACAUAAAUCUCUCAGGUAACCGGCUGACCACUCUAUCGUGGUUACUCUUCAAGACGCUGAGGCUUACGGAACUGGAGUUGGAAAAUAAUAUUUUUAACUGCAGCUGUGAUAUCCGUUGGAUCCAGCUGUGGCAGGAGAAAGGGGAAGCCAAUUUGCAGAACCAGGACUUGUACUGCAUGAAUAUGGAGACCAGCCACAUAUCCAUACAGGAGCUGAAUAUCAGCCAGUGUGAUUUGCCUGAAAUCAGUGUCAGCCAUGUGAAUCUGACUGUCUGUGAAGGCGAAAAUGCUGUUAUCACAUGCAAUGGGUCCGGUUCUCCUUUGCCAGAUGUUGACUGGAUUGUAGUCAACCUGCGCUCUAUCAACACUCAUCAGACGAAUGCCAACUGGACCAAUGUUCAUUCAAUCAAUCUAACCCUGGUGAAUGUAACCAGUGAAGACAAUGGGUUCCUGCUCACAUGCAUAGCUGAGAAUGUGGUAGGAAUGUCUAAUGCCAGCGUACUACUCACUGUAUACUCUCCUCCCCGUAUCCUCAGCCUACUGGAACCUAUCCGGCAUAUAGAACACUGCAUCGAGUUUUCAGUGCACGGGAACCCUCCACCCCAAAUUCAUUGGCUGUACAAUGGCCAGUUUCUUAGGCAGACUGCCUUCAUCCACAUGGAAGUCUACCAGGGUGGGGAUGUCACGGAUGGCUGUUUGCUGUUCAACCAUCCAACUCAUUACAAUAAUGGCAACUACACCAUCGUGGCUACCAACUACCUGGGAACAGCCAACCAGACUGUCAGAGGACAUUUUCUGGAGAAACCAUUUCCAAGCAUUUCAGAUAUCUUUGACACAUAUGAGUACAGUCCAAGUCCCUCCCCUCUCAUCACAGUGACACAUAAGCCAGAGGAAGACACAUUUGGGGUAUCUAUCGCUGUGGGACUUGCGGCUUUUGCCUGCGUCCUCCUGGUGGUCCUAUUUAUUAUGAUCAACAAAUAUGGUCGGCGGUCAAAGUUUGGAAUGAAAGGUCCUGUGGCUGUAAUCAGUGGAGAAGAGGACUCUGCCAGCCCCCUUCAUCACAUAAACCAUGGUAUCACCACACCUUCAUCGCUGGAUACUGGCCCAGACACCGUAGUGAUUGGUAUGACCCGGAUUCCUGUCAUCGAAAACCCACAAUAUUUCCGACAAGGCCACAACUGCCAUAAACCAGACACAUGUUUCAGAGAAAUUAUGUUGAAUCCAAUAACCCUUCCUGGACAUUCUAAUCCUCUUAACCAUCAUGGCAUUUAUGUUGAGGAUGUCAGUGUUUAUUUCAGCAAAGGACGUCAUGGCUUUUAAAAAGAACAAAAACAAAACUCUCACACAAUCAACAGUGCAAAAAA